CACUUUUCGCUUUUAUUAUAUAUGUAUUUUAAAGGAAUUAUCUUCUUAGUAAAAUCCAAAUGCGGUGGAAAGUGACGUAUCUGAUUAUUCUGUGCGGGCUGCACAUGCCAUUCUGGGACGACACUCUACGCACAUGCAUUAGAACCCGUUGCUCCGGAAAGAGGCCGACUUAUAAUUAAGUGAAUAAGAAUUUUAUCAGAAUCAGUUUUGGCUUUCUUUUCCUAAUGUUUGCUUAAUAGCGCUUUAGGUUUCACGCGUGCUAUUCGAAGAAGUAACGCUCGGAGUAGGCACUGCCCGAUCGCGACCUGUCGUAUUCGGUUACAUGUAACGAUAUUUAAACAAGACAUGUGCGUUCACGGGCUUUGACUUGAUGCCCAUUUAUAUUUUUAUAAUAAACGAUGUUUUAAUGAAUAUGUACUUAAAAUUAACAAAAUGAUAUCAGAUGGCGAAAUUCAAAAAUGACUUCCGGCGGAAGUGUUUUCGUGACAACAAGCAUCUGGGACAGCUGCGUGCCGACCAACUUCGCAAUGAGACUGGAACCCGAGAUAUGGAAAUCACGAAAAAGACACCCAAGCCUGCAGCGGACUGUAAUGUCCCUAAACAGAAGGUCGUCAAGAAAUCAACUAAAGGUAUAAACCCUCCUUGUAUACUGAAGACGCAAGUCCCGAGAUUCAACGGACUCAAGUUGUAAAGAAUUCAAACGGUGAAAACAACCGGAACUCUUCGCCAAAUUGUCGCGAUUCAAGCCAGGUCACAAUCAAAGCCGUUGUUCACGAACCCACCACAAUCCGUUCCAAGGAAGAAGAACUAGGGCUAGAUGAAUUCGUGAAUACAGUCAUUCGAAACUCUGUGGCACAUCUGAUCAGGGAAGCCAGCGUUACGUACCUAAUGAGAGAGUCAGCAGAGAACUUGCUGAAGAGACACGACAGCAACGUGGAAACAACCGGCGAACAAGUUAUCAAGGAUACCGACACCACCAACGAAAACGUUGUCAUUGCAACCGACACCACCAACGAAAACGUUGUCAUUGACACCGACACCAACAAGGAACAGGUUGUCAUUGAUACCGACACCACCAACGAAAACAUUGUCAUUGAUACCGACACCACCAAGGAACAGGUUGUCAUUGAUACCGACAACACCAAGGAACAGGUUGCCAUUGAUACCGACACCACCAACGACGGUGUUGUUAUUGAUACCAACACCACCAACGAACGUGUUGUCAUUGAUACCAACACCAUCAACGAAAACUUUGUCAUUGAUACCGACACCACCAACGAAGGUGGUGUCAUUGAUACCAACACCACCAACGAAAACGUUGUCAAUAAUACCGACACCACCAACGAACGUGUUGUCAUUGAUACUGACACCAACAACGAACGCGUUAUCAUUUAUACCGACACCACCAACGAACAGGUUGUGAUUGAUACCGACACCACCAACGAUAACGUUGUUAUUGAUACCGACACGACCAACGAAAACGUUGCCAUUGAUACCGACACCACCAACGAACAUGUUGUGAUUGAUACCGACACCACCAUCGAAUGCGUGGUUUCUGAUACCGACAACACCAACGAACGCGUGGUCAUUGGUACCGACACCAUCAACGAACGUGUUGUCAUUGACACCGACAACACCAACGAACGCGUUGUCAUUGGUACCGACACCAUCAAAGAAUCCAAUGCCAUGAACGUCAUCAAGGCGUCAUCCGUGAUCGUUCUGAAGGAACAGGGCGACAAUUUCGACAUCACCUACGGACAGGUUGUCAAGGAAACCGACAACGUUUCCGUAUCUUCAAGCGUUUUAAGCGCUUUUGCCGAGAGCGCAGUGAAGGCUAGUCUUUUUGAGCUGGAUGUCGUUGACAACGUUAACCACUCCGCGAUGGUCCCGACGUCCGCCGUCAAGGCUCGCAGAUCACCAAGGACAGUGAAGGAAUUCUUAGAGAUGAUUGGAGUACCAGAUUGCCGGGACGACUCCAGCCUUCACCUUCCCGACGUCGACAUUUAGACAUUUAAAUUAAGCCCCAGUCAUAUAUAAACAUGGUUGGCUACGGCUGUUUCGGAUCAUCACAAAUACAUCCGGAUCAAGAUCCGGGACGCUCCGUGGACUGGUUGGUUUCUAAGCGUCAAAGGUUUUACCAAGAUCAUAACGUCGGUGACGACACGUCAUCCAAACCGGCCACACGUACACACACGGACAAACCCGGCAGCAUUACGCAAUCAAUAUGGAACACACAGAACCUCACGGCUGAAACACAUACCAUCAGGUUGGUUUUCGGUGAAUCCAUAACUUUACAAUCAGAUCUCGAAAUUGUAGCCUCGAAAGAUUUCAUUUCGACGUGACUCUUAAUUGCAUAAUAUUUUCAGUUUGUUAUUAUCACACAGCACAAAAUCUUGCACAUAUAAGUAUCAUCAUGUCUUAAAUUUUGGACACGGACCCGGCUUCUUAGCUGAAGUAGGCCCGACGAUAUUCGCGUUGGUUAUUUGUUUCCUUUUUGAUUGCGUUUGAAGAAAGAUUCGACACAACAUCUAUGAGCGGGUUGUCGCUUUGCCAUUGUCCUGGUUUGAUGUUGUGAUAAUUGUCCAACUCGUCAGCAGCACUCGCAUUUUUAUGCCCGUAGCGAAGUGAAGAUUUGGGAUCAGGCAGGCAGGCAUGCCAUUCCAUUGAUGAUGGUUUUCUGCUCUUGAACACUUGAAAACCACGGGCUGAAUUAUCGCUGCCUACUUCAACCCAAAUGAAUCUG